GGGGCUCGUGGAUCUGUGCUGUGCUGCAUGGAUCCAUCCUCCAGCUGCUGCGUGAUCGAUUCUCAUCGCCACACUACUCCCUAAUCUCCGUAAUGUUCAUCGCUUGAGCUGUAAUUCCAUCACGCAUGCACUGGUGGUGGGGUUUCAAUCGCUGCGUCACUGGGAAUCAUGACGAGAACCGGCGUCUAUGUCGAUGAUUACCUUGAAUUUUGCAGUUCACUUCCUGCGGAAUUGCAGAGGCUCCUAUCCACGAUGCGGGAGCUGGAUGAUCGGUCUCAGAAUAUGAUCAUGCAAACACGGGAGCAAGUCAGAGCAUGUUUAGCAAAGAAGAGAGAUGGCCUUGAUGCAGAUUCCUCAUUGGACAUACAAAGGCAGCAGAUUGAAUCUAACCAAACAAAUACUCUGAAGCUUUGCACCGAAAAAGUGCUGCUUGCACAGCAAGCCUAUGAUCUGAUUGAAACUCACAUGAAGCGUCUUGAUGAGGACCUUAGCAGCUUUGCAGAAGACUUGAAGCAAGAAGGAAAAGUUUUGAAUGAUGAGACCUAUAUUUCACCUUUGACGUUCAAGGAUGAGAAAAGAAAGGUGCAGUUUCUCACGCCCAUUGGUAAGCGCCUGGAUUCACGACUGGAUAGGGACAGAGGACUUGAAAGUGCUCGGGAAAGAGAGAGAGAUCGCGAUAGGGAUAGUGAGUUGAUGCCACCGCCUGGUAGUCACAAGAAGAGCCUUCCUGCUCCAACGGAUGUGGAUCAGCCCAUUGAUCCCAACGAACCCACCUACUGCAUUUGUCAUCAGGUGUCAUUUGGAGAUAUGAUUGCGUGUGACAAUGAGAAGUGUGAAGGUGGAGAAUGGUUUCACUACCAAUGCGUAGGAUUGAGUUCAGAGACUCGGUUUAAGGGCAAGUGGUAUUGUCCUACUUGCAGAUCUCUGCAGAAAAGGGGUUUGUUAGAUGCUCCCAGUUAGUGUUGGAAAUAGUUUUGGAAAGCACUUUGUUUCAACUGUGUUUGGGACGGUACUGCAUCCUUGUUUUAGGAGUAGAUAAUGUAUCUGUCUCGAAAUCCGCAGAGGGUUGUGGCCAAGUCUCCCGAGGCUUUGCUUGUGAAUCUCUGUUCUAGAAUAUUUUUCGAACAUGUGGCUCUCGUGCAAAACCCUCGGGGCUUAGCUUGGACGCUUGGAAUCGGCCUCAAGUACCCUAGCCUUUGUGAAUACUAGCCACUUCGAGCAGCUUCGUGCAGGACUUAUCGAUAUGUCGCAGAACAUGCAAGUUAAGUUGUAAUUAUAGUCCCGUAAUCGAAACGAAAGCUGUGACUUCACGGAGUAUUAUGGCA